AUGAGUUUCCACCUUUCUGCUGUUAGCUUUGAGCUAGAAGAUGGCCAUAUCCUCAAGGCUGUACUCCAUGAUUCGGAUGGCGAGGAGCAAGAGUCUGAGCUAGACCUGAACGCAUAUAUCGGCAAUAAUGAUGGCUCAUUCGAUUGGGGUGGCGAGAACUUCCACGACAGCGCUGAGGAUGUCGAGCUCCACCGCGAAGGGGACGAUGAGCUCCCUAUUCUUCGAGCUCUGUUGGGGAAUGUUGAGGGCGAACAGGUAGAAGCGAACGUGAACCUUUCAGAGCGGAUUGGCAAUGACAACGGGACCUUGAUCUUCCAGGCAUAG